UGUUGUUGGAGCAUUGGAGCAACUUCUAAACAUUAGCAUUACAAUUUCAUUGAAUAAAAAUUGAAAUUUUUUGCUGGAGUCCUGUCACAUUGUUUGUGUAGGCCUAUUACAGUUUUGUUGUUGCUCCACAUGCAUCAUUAAAUAAUGAAGUUGAAAAAUUUGUGGUUCCUUUACAUAAUAUUUUCCCAUGUUGCUGCAAUUUUCAUAUUUUUAGCUGGGUUCCUGCCUGUCAGAACCAGAAACCAGACUUUUGCAAGUUGGGUUGACAGUUUCCCAAAAGAAUUAAAUGGUUUAGUGUUGAAUCCUGAACAGCUGUACACUCCCAAAUUAACACAAUUAGUGUUGAUUGUGAUUGAUGCUUUGAGAGCAGAUUUCAUAAUUGGAGAAAAUCUCGAUUCCAUGCCUUUUCUUUCCAAGCUUCAUCAUAACGGUCAAGCUUGCUCCUAUCUUGCCCAUGCCCAUACACCAACAGUCACCUUACCUAGAAUAAAGGCUCUGGUAACAGGUAGUGUGCCAGGAUUUGCUGAUGUCAUUUUCAACUUGGGUAGUCCACAACUUGAUGAAGAUAAUAUCCUUAGUCAAUUCGCUGCAAACAGCCAUAAAAUGGUUUUUUAUGGUGAUGAUACGUGGCUGAAGCUCUUCCCUGGAAAAUUUCUCCGUAGUGAAGGCACCACAUCUUUCUUUGUAAAUGAUUUCAAAGAGGUCGAUGAAAAUGUUACCAGGCAUUUAGAUUUUGAAUUGAGCCAAAUGGAUUGGUCUGUGAUGAUUCUUCACUAUUUGGGGCUGGAUCACAUUGGGCAUGUCCGUGGACCAAGAAGUCCAUUGAUUCCACAAAAAUUAAAAGAAAUGGAUGAGGUUAUAAGAAAGAUUCACCAACAGUUCAGUACUAACGACACUGCCAUUAUUAUCUGCGGUGAUCACGGAAUGAGUGAUUCUGGCAGUCAUGGGGGAUCUUCAAAGUCUGAAGUUGAAAUCCCCCUCACUUUUGUGAUGGAAGGCUGCCAACCCGAUCCUGAAUCAGAUUCCGAUUUUUCAAAUCACCUUCAGAUUGAUUUAGCUCCAACGAUGGCUGUUUUAAUGGGAGUCCCAAUUCCAACUAACAACUUGGGCUCCCUUCUUCUUGGUGUCACUCAUGAUUUUGAGCUUAAACAUAAGCUUUAUGCAGCCUACGUAAACGCCCAGAAUAUUUUUCUCCAAUCCGAAAGAAACAAUGAAAAUGUAGAAUUUCAGCGAGCUGUUAAGCUGUAUCAAGAUUGGUUAACUAACGACGCAUCAGGAAAAGGAGAUUACAUCGCAAACCUCUUCGUGAAAGCUGCGGCAGAAAUGAGCAGUCUUUCUAUCAAGAACCUCGUGGAAUUCGAUCUUUAUUUAAUGAUAGUGGGCAUCGUCAUUUCAUUCCAGCUUCUUCUUAUUACAGUUUUAGAAUGCCACAGAUUUACUGACUGGUCAACUAUCCGUCCUGUUUAUUCCCUUAUCAUUGGAAUCAGUCUGUUUUCAAUAUUUCUCCAUGUCCUGACUUGUGUGUCGAUUGACAAUGAAAGCAGCAUUUGUAUUAAUGGGCGUGUUCCAGCCAUCUACUGCUUAGGACUCAGCAUCUGCAUCCUUUGUUUUUUUGUUAUAAAUUGCCAAUUAAUUUGGAAUCGUUCAUGGUUUCGCUUCAAGAAAUUAGGAUGCUCCCCUGAAGUUUUUCUUUUACUCGGGUCGUUGUUACAUGCAUUCAGUUUGGGUGCGAGUAGCUUUGUCGAAGAAGAACACCAAACGUAUUAUUACUUCGUCAAUACGCUUGCGUUACUUAUGAUCUUCGGAAGCAAAAGGCGAAAAGAAAGUAUACUUUCACUGAUUGGUUUUAUGGGACUCGUUCGGAUUGCUCGUUGUUGGAAUCAAACCGGAGACAAAUGGAUAAACGAACCCGACGUUAAAGAAUGGCUUAACACUCCAGGCAAUCAGCCUUAUCUUACUGUUUCUUCCGUGAUUGGAGCGAUGGGAAUUUUGCAUUGGAUUCUCAGAAAUCUUAAACUCAGAACCUUGCAGGUGAUGGCCACAUUUGCAAGCCUGGUCGCAAAUCUUGCUCAUCGUUCGGCUUUGGGUUUUUUCAGCCUUUGCUAUCCUCAGUCAACGGGUCUUGUGGAAGCUAGCGUUGCUUAUUUGUCUGUGAUUGUGAUCGGUGUUUUUUCACGUGAACGUUCUUCCACAAUGAUUACGAUGUGGACUGUUCUGACUUCUCUACUGAAACGACCUCACAAUCUUAUCCUUACUUGGAUACAUUUGCUGCAGUACUCCUUGAUAAGCCCCCAUCUAACUGCGCAGCUUAACCCUUUUUACAACAACCUGGCACAUUACUGUAUUGGAAUGGCUUGGUACUUUCAAGAGGGAAACGGCAAUAAUUUGGCCAGGAUCGAUCUUGCUUCUGGCUACGUUGGAUUGUCAAGCUACAAUGUGUUUGCAGUCGGUUUCUUGCUAAGCUGUGCAACCUUUUCGGGUCCUGUUCUUGCAUUGCUGUUGGAUAUCCACAGACAAAAGUUGCAUUCUAAAGACAAUACGCAGAUGUAUGGCUUUAUUUAUUCUAGAAUGCUUAUCAUGGCGUUUCUUUUUGUGAUUGUCACAUCUCUUCGCUACCACCUGUUUGUUUGGACCGUUUUUUCUCCCAAACUUCUCUACGAAGGGACAAUGAGUAUAUUUCUGUUAGUCAUUCUCAUUCUAGCGCGAUAGCAAAACUUUUGUAACAAAAUAUUCCUUUCCAAAUCAUUUUCAUGAUGAAAUUUUGUAUUAAGUGACAUAUUUGUAUAGUGGCGGCAAAUUUAAACAAUCAAAUUA